GCGAGAUUUGAACGUGUUAUCGUACAUCUGUGCUUGUUCAUGUUGAUUCGUUCGAAUAUUUAGUUCAAUUAAAUUUCCGAGAUAAGAGAGGAGCCGAUAAUGAUAGAAAAGUGCUGAGGCUGGAUUAUAAUCUUGUCUUUCAUUAUUCGACCGAGAAUCAUCUCCGUUUUGCUCUCGCUGCCAGUUGCAUUCGCGCGUGCGGCCUUAUCUUCGUGGAGUGAAAAAAAAAGAGGUUAGGACAGUUCGUGCGCGAUUCUGCACGGCGAUCGCGACGGCGAAGGAAAAAUGGCAAGAUUGAUUGCCCAGAUUAGCAGGUGCGCGAUAAAAACCGUUUCGCACGAUUUGCUCCAUACAGCUGCGAAGUCGAAGAUACCCCUUGCCAUAGUGCGACCCAUAACCACAACUCAGUACUUGAGAGAUGAACGAUGGUACACCGAUAAGCACGAAUGGAUAACAGUAGAUGGCAAAAUCGGUACAGUCGGUAUAUCGGAUUACGCGCAGGAUGCUCUCGGAGAUGUGGUGUACGCGCAACUUCCCGAUGUAGGAUCAACAAUCAAGAAAAAUGAGGAAUGUGGAGCUCUAGAAUCAGUGAAGGCAGCUUCAGAAUUGACAAGUCCGGUCAGCGGGAGAGUCACAGCGAAAAAUGAGGCAGUUGAAAGUAAACCCGGGUUAAUUAAUAAAUCUUGUUACAAAGACGGUUGGCUAUUCAAAGUAGAGUUAAGCGAUUCAGACGAGCUCAAGAACUUAAUGAAUGAAGAGACUUAUAAUGUGUUUUUGAAAUCAGACGCGCAUUAAAUCUAAAAAUCUAAUGCCAGAAAAUUUUCUUCAAAGUAGAAUUUGAAGCAAAUUGCGGGUUAUAACUUCAAGAAAUAUAUUCUUUUGCUUUAAAAAAUUUGAUAUUUUUAUGAACUUUUUAAAAUAAAUAUAAAAGACGUUUUACUUAAUUGUUCAUACAACAUGAUGAUCACGCACGAUUUAAUUAAAACUUGAAUAGAAAUUAUUGCGUGUACAACUUGCUACGGAUAGUAAAAUGAUAUAGUAUGUGACAGACUUUUGCUUUACUAUUUAUACCUCAACAAUAAUAUGCUGUGUAUUUAUUAUAAAUAUAUCAUUAUGCUUUGUAUGGAAAAGAAUGUAAAAUUUGCACCUGGCCAAAUCAAGAGCAAUUAUAACUGGAAUUACAUCUAUCACUUCAGUAGUUUUAUAAGUAAUAAAAAUGUUAAUUUAUGAAAAAGUUAGUGUAGUGAGCAAGCAAGCUUUCAAUGUUUUUCUAAUACAUCAUACAAUAUGAUCUUAAUAAUCUAUGUUAAAGUGAUGCCAAAAAUUAUUUACUGUAAAAUCGAAACAAGUUAUAUGUUAACAC